AUGAGGCUCCAAGGCAGAGGUAUUGCUUUUGGGUAUAAUUCUUCAUUUUAUGUGUAUUUUCUUUUAUUUUCCAGGAUGUCAACUGAGAAAGAAAAUAUUCUACAGAAUAGCACAGCACAGUUUGAAUUCAUCCUUCUGGGUCUUUCUGAUAAGCCCAACGUGCAAAGCAUAUUAUUUGCCAUUUUUCUAGUGACCUAUAUCAUCAUUCUGGCAGGAAAUCUCCUCAUCAUUCUCCUCACGUUGCUGGAUCCAGCCCUUCACACACCCAUGUAUUUCUUCUUGAGAAACCUGUCCUUCUUAGAGAUCUGUUACACAUCAGCCAAUAUCCCAAAAAUGCUUCGGAAUCUUAUGUCUGGGAACAAGUCCAUCUCUUUCCUCGGAUGUGCUGCACAGAAUUAUUUUACACUCUUUCUUGGUGGUUCAGAAUGUUUCCUCUUGGCUUCAAUGGCCUACGAUCGCUAUGUUGCUAUAUGUAAGCCCCUUCACUACCAUGACUUCAUGAACAGCAAAGUGUGCAUGGGGCUAGCUGUGGCAUCUUGGUUAAGUGGCUUUAUGUCCUUUGGUCUCACCAGUAUGGUGUUUACCUUGUCCUUUUGUGGGUCCAAUGAGAUUAACCACUUCAUUUGUGACAUCCCCCCAUUACUGAAAUUGGCUUGUGGGGACACUUCCAGGACAGAAAUAGCUGUGUUUGUAUUAGCAAUUAUAUUUAUAACUUUUCCAUUUGUCUUGAUCUUCAUGUCUUAUGCUGGAAUCAUUGCUGCCAUUCUGGGAAUUUCUUCUGCGGAGGGCCGAAAAAAGGCUUUCUCCACCUGCUCAUCACACCUCACUGUGGUGAUCUUAUUCUAUGGUUCAGCUUGUAUUACUUACUUGAAUCCCAAUUCCACUUACUCAUUCAAUAAUGGUAAAUAUCUGUCUCUCUUCUACAUAGUUGUUGGCCCUGUAUUAAAUCCUAUCAUAUACACCUUUCGGAAUAAAGAUUUUAAAAGUGCCCUUAAGAAAAUCUGGGGGAGAAAAGCUUCUGGAUGA